AAUAUGACACACAACGUUUGGUUUUAUUGUUGUUUUUCUGAAAAUGUACGGUUUUAUUUGGCGUCAAGUCUUUAAGGCGAUAUUGCUCAUGCAUUUCUUGACCAGAAGUGACUCAAAGGCUUCAUUAAAUCAUCGCGAGAGGCUCACAUCGUGGUUUUACUCCGUAUAUUUUGUAUAAAAAGCUGCAGACAUGAAGAUCACAGACAGCGUGUUGCGAAGUUUCAGGGUUGCCAGAACAUAUCGAGAAAAUUCACAGAAAGUCAACUGUGUGGACUUCAGCCCAAAUGGUGAAAAUGCGAUAUCAAGCAGCGACGACGACUGCAUAGUGUUAUAUGACAUCCGAGAGGGAAAACCCAAAAGGACCCUGUACAGUAAGAAGUAUGGAGUAGACCUUAUCCGCUACACACAUGGAGACACACAGACAGUGGUCUACAGCUCCAACAAACUAGAUGAUACCAUCCGAUACCUGUCACUCACUGACAACCAGUACAUCAGGUAUUUCCCAGGUCACACCGCAAGAGUUAUCGCUCUCUCCAUGUCACCAGUGGAUGAUACCUUUAUCUCAGGCUCAUUGGACAAAACGAUCCGGAUCUGGGAUCUGCGUGCUCCACACUGUCAAGGUUUGACUAAUCCACUGGGGAAACCUGUGUGUUCCUUUGACCCUGAUGGGCUGAUAUUUGCCGCAGGAGUCGAAUCACAGGCCAUUAAACUGUACGACCUCCGUGCUUUUGACAAGGGUCCCUUUGCCUCCUUUGAGACGAGGUUCAAUCGCGCCUGUGACUGGACUGGACUCAAAUUUAGUAACGAUGGGAAACAGAUUCUCAUCUCCACCAACGUAGGGAUGAUUCGUGUCCUGAAUGCAUUCAAUGGAUCUGUGCUGCACACUUUCUCUGGCUACAACAACAGUAAAGGCAUCUCCCUGGAGGCCUGCUUCACUCCUGACUCUCAGUUUGUCAUGAUUGGCUCAGAGGACGGGAGAGUCCAUGUUUGGAGCACAGACAGUGGGAUGAAGGUAGCUGUGCUGGACGGGAAACAUCCAGGACCUAUCAACACUCUGCAGUUUAACCCAAGAUACAUGACGUUUGCCAGUGCCUGCACUAACAUGUUGGUGUUAGAUUCAUACAGAGAGCCAGCUCACAGCUGGGACCAGGACUAUGAUCAGUUCCUGCUUCCUCUGCUCACGCCUCAGCAGCCCUGCUACAUCCUCUACCGCCUGGACUCCCAGAAUGCACAGGGAUACGAGUGGAUCUUCAUCGCCUGGUCACCUGAUCAAUCACCAGUGAGGCAGAAGAUGGUGUAUGCAGCAACCCGUGCCACACUGAAGAAAGAGUUUGGAGGAGGUCACAUUAAAGAUGAAAUAUUUGGGACGGUCGAGGACGACCUGUGCUUCCAGGGAUACCUGCGACACAUGUCCUCCAGCUGCUCCCCAGCUCCACUCACAACAGCCGAGCAGGAACUACAACGAAUUAAAGUCACAGAGGAUAAAGUUGUGUGGGAUGAACGCAGACGAAUUGGGACUCCAACAGCACGAGCGAGGGUCACAAUGGAGUUUGGCUUAGACAAAAGGGCACAGACUCUUCAAGGUCUUGCGUUCCCACUACAAGAAGAGGCCAAACAAGCUCUGCAGCAACUCAAGCAGAGACGCAUCAACUACAUACAGCUGAGGCUGGAUGUAGAGAAAGAGACCAUUGAGCUGGUUCACACCAAACCUACAGAGACCCGUGAGCUUCCCUACAGGAUUCCCACAGAUUCACCCAGAUACCACUUCUUCAUCUUCAAACAUUCCCACCAGGGCCAGCUGCAGGAGGCGCUGGUGUUCAUAUAUUCGAUGCCUGGGUACACCUGCAGUAUCAAGGAGCGGAUGUUGUACUCCAGCUGUAAGAACAGGCUACUGGACGAGGUGGAGAGAGACUACCACCUGGAGGUCACCAAAAAGAUGGAGAUAGACAAUGGCGAUGGCCUGACAGAAGACUUCCUGUACGAGGAGGUCCACCCGAUGGAGCACACCUUAAAACAGGCCUUUGCAAAGCCCCGCGGACCAGGAGGGAAGAGGGGUAACAAACGCCUCAUCAAGGGUGCCGGGGAGAACGGGGAAGAAAGUUAGACAUUAUAAACACACACACGAGACAUUAUACACUAGUACACAAGCACACCAAUAAGUUAUCUAUGAAUUGACUUGUUAUUUAACUGUUUCGCUUCUUUUCAUUCCUUCUUUUUACCUGCAGAAACAAAUUUCACACUGAAAAAAAAUAGA